AUAAUUAUGGAAUCUAGGCAACAAGUUGAAGUGGGGAGCAAUGAAACGUCGAAGUGUCGGCGAGCAAUCUGUAACAGUCGCGCUACAGGCAUCGCUGAGGAUUGGUCUUUGUAUAUAAUAAAUAUUAUUGUUACCAAAAAUAGCCUGUCAGGAGAAAAGUACAACAAAAGCCGAGGUCCAGGAUCAUCGGCAAAAUGAUUGCAAAGAGAAUGCAACCAGUGCUCGUGUCAGCCCGAGCACUCCGAGGUGGAGAAUUGCAUAAUUGGUUACGAACAAUAUCAACACAACCAUUUGCAAGCGAACCUAAGAGCCCAGUGAUCGCAACAGAAAUUCCUGGACCAGUCUCUCAAGAACUUUAUCGUCAAAUGAACUCCAUACAGCAGGCAUCCUCGGUACAACUAUUUGCGGACUACGAAAAAUCGAUUGGCAAUUAUCUGGCCGACGUCGAUGGCAAUCUGAUGCUUGAUAUCUACAUGCAGAUAUCGUCGAUGCCCCUUGGCUAUAAUCAUCCUGCAAUGCUUCAGGUUCUUACAGAUCCGCGCAAUCAGAAAAUUAUUGCAAAUCGUCCAGCGCUUGGAGUAUUUCCAAAUCGUGAUUGGCCAGAGAAAUUGAAAAAUGUUCUACUUAAGAAAGGAAUUGCCCCACCUGGAUUUUCACACAUAACAACUAUGAUGUGUGGAUCAUGCUCCAAUGAGAAUUCAUUCAAAAAUAUUUUUAUUUGGUAUGCAGAAAAACAAAGGCAUGGCAAAUCAUUUACUAAGGAAGAAAUGGACAGUUGUAUGAUAAACCAAGUACCAGGAUCUCCAAAAUACUCAAUCAUGUCAUUUGAGGGGGCUUUCCAUGGAAGAACUCUUGGUUCUCUAUCUACUACUCAUAGCAAAUACAUCCACAAAAUCGAUGUACCAGCUUUUGAUUGGCCGAUUGCACCAUUUCCGCGUUAUAAGUAUCCACUUGAAAGUAAUGAAAGUGAGAAUAAACAAGAAGAUGAUUUUUGUUUAGCUAAGGUUGAAUAUCUAUUUGAUAAAUAUAAAAGGGAAAAACAUUUUCCGGUGGCUGGAGUAAUUGUUGAACCUAUUCAAGCUGAAGGAGGUGACAAUCAUGGUUCUCCAUAUUUUUUUCAAAAGCUCCAACAAAUCACUAAAAAAUAUGGUGGUGCUUUGCUAAUCGACGAAGUACAAACCGGUGGUGGACCAACUGGUAAAAUGUGGUGUCACGAGCACUUUAAUCUUGAGUCCCCACCUCAUAUAGUCACUUUCAGUAAAAAAAUGCAAUUAGGAGGAUACUAUCAUCUCGAAGAAAUGAAACCAAAUCAACCAUAUCGCGUAUUCAAUACAUGGAUGGGAGACCCUAGCAAAUUAAUACUUUUAGAGGCAAUAAUAGAUGUGAUAUUAAAAGAAAAUCUAUUGGAUAGAGUCACUAGAGUUGGAAAUUAUGUAUUACAAGAAUUAAAAAAACUUGAAAAUGAAUUUUCAAAUACCAUAAAUUCAUCUCGCGGAAGAGGAACUUUUAUUGCUUUUAACUGUGCUACUUCAAAAUUAAGAGAUGAAACAAUUAAAAAACUAUUGAGAAAAGGCAUUCAAGCAGGUGGUUGUGGAAAUACAGCAAUUAGACUUCGACCAUCUCUUACAUUUACAGAACAUCAUGCUAAUAUAUUCUUAGAAAAUCUUCAAACUAUUCUUAAAGAAUAAAUCUCCAUAUAAAUAUAUUUUAAAUAAUCAAAACAAUAAUCAAAUGAUUAACAGCUGAA